UAGUAACACAAUUCAAGCAAUCUCUCCUUCUUAAAUUUUUCUUUAUUUUGCAGAUAUGCUUAACAAGCUAUUAGUUGCAGUGUCAAUCAUCUUGAAUCUUGUAUUAACCAUCCAUAUUCUUUAUAACAACAAUUCAACCACAUGGAAUCCAACGUGGACCAACAGAGCCGCAGCAGAAGCAGAAGCUGCAGCUUCAGUUCCAUGCUCAGGCCAUGGAAGAGCUUAUGUGGACGGUCUUGGUGUCCUUGACAGCCAUAAACCUCCUUGUGAGUGUAACAAUUGCUACACAGGCCAAGAUUGCUCUGUUCUUCUCAAAGAUUGCCCUGUCGAUGCUGACUCAGGAGACCCUUUGUUCUUGGAGCCUUUUUGGAUGCGAAAAGCCGAGGAGAGUGCGGUUGUUGAGUCAGGGUGGCACAGGAUGAGUUAUCGUUAUUACAAACUUGGCGCAUUUGUGUCGGUAGAGCUGGAGAUGAUCAUUAGAGAGCUGCAUAGUAUAAUGGGAAAUGCAGUUACUGAUAACAGAUUCAUAGUCUUUGGAACUGGAGCUACACAAUUGAUUGCAGCUUCUGUUCAUGCCUUGUCCCAAACUAAUUCAUCAUAUCCUUCAAGACUUGUGACUUCUGUUCCAUACUACAAUAUGUACAAACAACAAGCUGAGUUCUUUAACUCUGCUGAUCUCAUGUUCGAAGGAGACGCGUCUGCGUGGAAGCAGUGUGAUAAUAUAACACAAGUUAUAGAGAUAGUGACGUCUCCGAAUAAUCCAGAUGGGAAGCUGAAAUGCGCGGUUCUUGAUGGUCCUAACGUCAAAACAAUUCAUGAUUGUGCUUACUACUGGCCUUAUUUCUCACCGAUUAUACAACCAGUUGAUGAAGAUUUGAGCUUGUUUAGUCUCUCCAAGACUACGGGUCAUGCCGGCUCAAGAUUCGGCUGGGCAUUAGUAAAAGACGAAGCUGUUUAUAAGAAAAUGAACACAUAUAUAAGUUUAAGUACUAUGGGAGUUUCUAGAGACACACAGCUUCAUGCUUUGCAAUUGCUUAAAGUAGUGAUUGGUGAUAGAGGCGAUGAAAUAUUCCAUUUUGGUUAUAGAACCAUGAAAAAAAGAUGGGAGAAACUGAACAAGAUCAUGUCCAUGUCUACGCGUUUUUCGCUAGAGACUAUCAAACCUGAGUAUUGCAACUAUUUCAAGAAAGUUAGAGACUUUACUCCUUCUUAUGCUUGGGUGAAGUGUGAGAGACUAGAAGAUACAAACUGCUAUGAGAUUUUCAAAGCGGCAAAGAUAACAGGACGCGGUGGCGAAGCGUUUGGAUCGGGGAGGAGGUUUGUUCGGCUAAGUCUCAUUAGAUCACAAGACGACUUUGAUCAGCUUAUUGCUAUGUUGAAGAAGUUUGUCUCCAAGGAAGCUGUAGUAGUUGUUGAGUCCAUCUGAAAACUUGAAGUUGUUGUGAUCACAUGUCUUCAAUUCAAUCAUAUAAAAUAAACAUUUUUGAAUAUUGUGAUUAAAGAACUGAAUGAGACAUCUCAACUUGUAAUCAUUGUUAUUAACAAAGAUACAAACAAAAUUGCAAUCA